UUUAGUGCUCUACUAAAAGAAAAGCCACCAUCAGUUGUUGCCAGUCACUGUGAGCUGCAAGUCUUGUAGGAAUGGGUUUGGGACAGGCUGGCGUUAGGCUGUUUCUUUUUGCUCUGAUGGCUUUUUGUGAAGCCCAGCGGCGAAUGUGGGAAACAGAGGGAGCUUCAGGUGCACUAAGAGAUUUAGCUGGUCUUCAACCCCGUGUGAGGAAGCCUGCACCAGCUGGACACGGGCCUCAGGCUCCUGCCCAACCCAAUGUGAGCGUGAGGCCCCAACAACGCUUUAAUCUUCAACCCAAUUUACCCCCAAACUCCCGCAAACCUGUGGAGGUCCAGUUUCACCAGCAGCUGCAGGGACCUGUGAGGAAAGUGACUUGGAGGUUUCCACAAGUUCCACUUAAGCCAACUGCGGCACCAGUGCCCUUUCAGAUGAGGGAACCAGUCUCUGUUAACAGUGUAGCAGCGGAGUGUGGUGAGAAGGACGUGUAUGUGGAGGUGAAGCAGGAUUUCUUUGGGAAUGGCCUGCUGCUAAUGCCCUCUGCCAUCACACUUGGAGGCUGUGGGCCAUCAGGGCAGGAUGUGGUUGCUAAUGUUCUUAUGUUCCGAUCUGAACUGCAGGCCUGUAACAGCAUCGUAAAGAUGACCGAGGAUGACCUUAUCUAUUCCUUUGUGAUAAACGUUGCUGCAGAGCCUCAUUUAGACACUCCCAUUACUCGAGAGGAUGGUGCUAGUGUUUACAUUGAGUGUCACUACUUAAGAAAAAGGAACGUAAGCAGCAAUGCCCUGUUGCCCACAUGGAUACCUUAUGCUGCUACUAAGGUGGCUGAAGAACGGCUGAUGUUUUCUUUGAGGCUCAUGACUGAUGACUGGAAGUAUGAAAGGCCGUCCAGCCAGUAUUACCUGGGAGAUGUAAUCAACAUUGAAGCGUCAGUGACUCAGUACAACCACGUACCGCUCCAUGUGCUGGUGGACCGCUGUAUAGCCACUCCUGUCCCAGAUGUGAACGCAGUCCCAAGCUAUUCAAUCAUUGAGAACCAUGGGUGUUUGGUUGAUGCCAAGGUUACAGGCUCAAGCUCAUAUUUCAUGCCUCAGGAUCAGCAUGACAAGCUGCAGUUUCAGUUGGAGGCUUUCAAGUUCUACCAGGACAAAAGUGGUCUUGUCUACAUCACAUGCUAUCUAAUGGCAACUAAAGCUUCUGCUCCUAGUGAUGCUGAGAACAAGGCUUGUUCUUAUUCUGUCAACAGGUGGACAGCAGCAUUUGGUGAUGACCAGGUGUGUCGCUGUUGUGACACAAUCUGUAGCUUAAGGAAGGGAAGAGAUGUGUCCUCUGAAGAGUUCCAGAUUUCACUUCGUCCACUCUCCAUUGAGGAUCCUAUUGAUUCUGAUGAACCUCAAGAUCUUGUUCAAAGCUCAAGAGAAAAUAAAGCUACGCUUACGUAAAGAAA